AUGCUCCUAAGUGUUAUUAAACAGAUCAAAUAUGAAAAUGCAUCUGAAGAAAGUAAAGAAAAUGAACCAGUAAAAAAGAUAGUGUAUAAGAAAAAAGAGAAGAGAAAAAUCAAAGGGAGUAGUAAGCAGGGUCAAAUUUGCGAUGAGUGUGGAAAGACUGUUAGAAAUCUAAAGGAACACAUAACCAGACAUCAGCCUAUCAAUGACAAAAAGUGCAUUAAGUGUAAGAUGUGUGACAAAUUAUUCUCCAGCUACAGUGCACGAUACAGACAUCAUAAAGUGAAACAUUUAGGAAUUAAACAACAUUGUGAUAUAUGUAACAAAGAUGUGUCAAGCUUAAGAGUGCACCAACUUGUUGUCCACAAAACCGAGGAGUUGCCAUAUGAGUGCGUGCCCUGUGGCAGGCGAUUCAUUUCGCAGUCCACCCUCGACAUGCACACAACCGUGCACACCAAGAACCGGCCUUACGAGUGCGACCAGUGUGAAAAGAAGUUCCGCAACAAGAUCACCAUGAUUCAACACAUACGGCAGGUCCAUGACAAGGAGAGGUCACAUCUAUGUCAGUUUUGUUCAAAGAGUUUCUUUAAAAAGUAUCAUUUGCAGAUCCAUUUAAGAAGUCACACUAAGGAGAAGCCGUACGAAUGCGUCGAAUGCAAGAAGAGGUUCGCAUCGCGCUCCUCGCUGAAGAACCACCAGCUCAUCCACAGUGAUGUCAAGAUGUUCGGCUGCACGCUCUGCGAUAUGACCUUCUCCAAACCCGGGUACCUGCGCAACCACAUGGUGAGCCACACGAAGGAGAAGCGCUACUCGUGCAAGUACUGCGGCGUGCGGUUCGGCCGCUCGGACCACCGCAAGCGGCACGAGUUCACCGCGCACGAGCGGAACCACGGCCUUGGGCGCACGCAA